UAAACAAUAUGAAACCCUGAGGGCGUAGGGGGACAGUUCAAAACUAUAUAUGGGUGCUUUGAUCUCAUUCGGUUAACAAAUUGAUCCAAUCUCACAGUAUCUCAUUGGCUGUCUUCGGUGAAGCCCAAAUUCAGCUCUUUCUCCUUGUUUUUUCCUCCCAUGCAGUCUCUGCAGAGUAACCCUGCAGUACGUGGUAGCUUUAUAUGCCAAGCAUCGCCAUUGAACCCAUUAACAAAACCCAACAACACUACGGCUUCAACUCAAUUCAUUAAAUCAUAUAAUCCUCCUAAAGAUUCGACGCCGCUACAUUUAUCCAACCUUGAAAAACUCCUUCAAAAACAAAUCCCGGAACCAACCCACCCUGAUCCGCGGCCACCGGUACUUCAUAAAAAAUCCAUCAAUGGCUCAACGGAAAAUAAGGGGAGAAAUCUUUUAGAAAGUCUCAAUUUGGCUAGAAUUUGGCCUGAAAUUAAAGCAGCUGAAGAAAUGUCACCGCGACACAUGAACAGGCUUCAACGCUUGCUAUCCAAAACUGCAGAAUAUUCUCCAAGGAACAAUCUUGGUUCCCGGUGGCUGGAAUAUCACGGGAGUAAAGAUUGGGUCGGGUUGCUUGACCCGCUUGAUGAAAACCUGAGGCGAGAAGUGGUCAGAUACGGUGAAUUAGUGCAAGCGGCUUAUCAUUCAUUUCAUUCGAAUCCAGCCAUGUCAACAGAAGAAGCUCCAUCACAUAGAUACGUGGCCUUGCCCGAUAGGUCGUACAAGGUGUCCAAGAGUCUUUAUGCAACAUCAUCGGUCGGGUUACCCAAGUGGGUCGAUGAUGUUGCACCAGAUCUCGGGUGGAUGACCCAACGGUCAAGUUGGAUAGGCUAUGUGGCUGUAUGUGAAGACAAGAGGGAGAUCCAACGGAUGGGAAGGAGAGACAUAGUCAUCGCCUUACGUGGGACUUCCACGUGUCUUGAAUGGGCUGAAAAUUUAAGAGCUCAACUUGUACACAUGCCGGGAUCCGAUGACUCGGUCUCGGCCCAUGGAGAUCCCAAAGUUGAAUGUGGAUUCUUAAGCUUGUACCAGACACGUGGAGCUCACGUGCCUAGUCUUGCGGAGUCGGUGGUGGAAGAAGUGAAAAGACUGAUGGAAUUAUACAAAGGCGAGACCCUCAGCAUUACAGUAACAGGCCACAGCCUCGGAGCCGCCUUGGCAUUGCUAGUUGCCGACGAGCUAAGCACAUGCGCCUCCCAGGUUCCACCGGUGGCAGUCUUCUCAUUCGGCGGGCCACGUGUUGGCAAUCGUGGGUUCGCUAAUCGUAUCAAUAAAAAAAAUGUCAAGGUGUUAAGAAUUGUUAACAAUCAAGAUCUGAUAACCAGAGUUCCAGGCAUAUUCAUCGGAGAAGAAACAAACGAAAAGAAGACAAAUACAACUAUUACAAAAAUGCUGAAUGUUCUGGACAACAACAACCCUUUGGCAUAUUCACACGUCGGAACAGAGGUACGAGUGGAUACCAAAAUGUCUCCAUAUUUGAAGCCGGAUGCGGAUGUUGCAUGUUGCCAUGAUUUGGAGGCUUAUCUGCACUUGGUGGAUGGGUUUUUGGCAUCAAAUUGUCCAUUCAGAGCAAACGCCAAGAGAAGUCUGGUGAAGUUGAUGAAUGAACAGGGACCUAAUGUUAAAAAAUUGUACACAAAAAAGUUAAUGAGUUUAAAUCUUGAAAGAGUCGCCAUACCCUCCUCUGGUUGUCUACCUAGUCCAUCGUAACUUAAAUGGCUGUAAACAACGAGAGAGAGCAUAUUAUUAUGCUCCUUGUAAAUAUAAACAAUUUAAAUCAUCUUUCAUGUGGAAGUACGUUAGUUUUGUGUAAUUAUCUGUAUGAUCCCCAAGUUGUAACUCUCAAACACGAGGGAUUAUAACAGUUUAUGUAUUAGAUUGUAAGAAGAAAUUCCUUCCCAAGGACCGCUUGUUUCCUCA